AUGCGGGCGACCAGCUGCGCCCUGUUGGGCCUCACACUCUCAGCCACGACAGCACUCGCAGCCAACCCGCUCCUGCUCGUGUCGCCCUCGCCCGCGUCCUCCUCAUCGCACCACGACCCCUCGCCGCUCACACCCCCGCAGACCAACGCACUCGUGGCACACUUGCUGGGCGUGUCGAGACACACCGCUGCACCCGCUCACCGAGGCGCAAACGACCAGCUCGCGUUCCUUCACGGCGGUGACGAUGCGGCACCCGACGACGGCUCAAAGGUCGUCGUCGUCCUCGAGUGCGGCAAGGGAAACUGCGAGGACGCCCUCCCAGCAUCUCUCUCCCCCUCCUCUCCCUCCGUCUCGUCCUACACCCUCCCCUCCCUCCCCACCCACUCCUACACCUCCCUCCUGGCCCUGCACCUCUCCCGCCUCGCGCGCUCUCACGCCGCGCCAGUCGAGGGCCUGCAAGAGUUUGUCGAUUCGGCGGUCAAGGGCGUCAGGGGGUGGCAGGGGUGGGUCGAGGAGGAGUUGGGCGGGUUGAUCGGCUGGGAGAUGCCCAAGCGUCCCAUCACCCUCCCCGUCGAGCCCUCUUCCCCCAGCAGCAACCUCUUGACCUCCCUCGACUUCCUCUCGACCGAGCCCUCCGCGAAGGAACUUGUUGAGGAACUCAAGAAGUUGGUUGAGGUGGCUGAUGCGCAUGAGCGCGGGAAGCGGGCGGAUGGGAACGAGGUGGUGGUGGUGCAUCUCAAGGGUCUCAAGUCCCUCUCAGCACACCACUCCCCCUCCUCUCCCACCUACACGCAAGCCUCCGCCCUCCUCUCGCACACCCUGCGCGCCUUCCUCUCCACCCUCUCCCCGCGCACAACACUCGCCCUUACCCUUCCAGACCCCUCAAAAGGCGGCGUCGUCUGGCUCCGCAAGCGCGAGGGGUGGUUGAAGAGGUUCUUGGAGGACGAGAGGAGGGGGAGGAGGUAUGGGUCCCUUGGGUCCUCGAGCGGCGGGUCCCACCAGGGGGGACUGAAGAAGCGCAGUGUCUUUUCCCCGCGCCAAGAAGACGGCGGGAAGUCCUCGAACGAGACGCUCCUCGUCCCCUCCUCUCACACCUGUUUCCCCACCCUCUCGGCGGCGAAGAACGCUACCGCCUCAUGCCUCGGUCAUGGGACGCCCGUUAAAGGGUUCACGACCCGCGCGUUGGGAGAGGGCGAAGAGUGCUGGGUCUGCAAGUGCGAGAAAGGGUGGAGCGGGCAGGGGUGCGAGAAGGAAGACCGCUCGUCACCAUUCGCUCUGCUCUUCCUCACAACCCUCGCCCUCCUAGUCCUUAUCAUCCUCUCCGUCUCGCUCCUCGCGCGUAUCGGGUCCGCGCCGCUGCCCGGGACGCUGGGGGCGGUCGGAGGAGGAGGCGAGGGGCGGUUGAAGCGCGAUUAG